AUGAAAUAAUUUGCCUUAUUGUUUCUUGCUUUUGUUGCUAUUACUACUGUUAAUGCCUACAUAAGUAAAGAUUAAAUAUACUAGUUUAAUAAUUGCACAGAAAAAAUACAACUUCCUUGCGAUAGAAGCAACACUGAUUGCUUAAAAUAAAAGGCUAAAGUUGAAGAUUGCUUAGAUUAUUGUUUUGAUGGAAAUUGGAAUACUCUAUCUAUGGGUGAUGUAAAUAAUUGUUAUUAAGAUUAAUGUAUACCCUAUGCUAAAAAUAGCACGUAGAGUACUGUCAGAACCUAUGCAAGUUAACUUGGCUAUUGUUUGAGCUCUGGAAUUAUCUCAUUCGCUUUCAUUCUCUUGGCUGUCAUAGUUUCAGUUUUGUUUGUACAACAUUGA